AUGGGUAGCAUCAUGUUGUUGUGGUUUUUGGCGACUGCUGCUGCGAUGGGCGAAGCCGCCGGAGACUCGUCGGGAGCUCCGUCGCCGGCGGCGGCGGCAUCUUGCCCGAUGAGUAUGAAGUAUCUCGAAACUCUGCCAUGGGACCGCACUCCGUGCCUGCCCGGCAUGCCCAACAACGUGACCGGCUGCUGCGAGACGCUCCUCCUCCUCUUCGGCGUCGGCCUGGCGCUGCGGCUGAGGGAGAUGGGUCAUUUUCGCCUCCCCGACGAGCCCACCGCCAUCGCCUGCCUCGCGGCCUACCAGUCGAACCUUACUGCCCUCUCUUUGCCCUCCGACCUCGUCCCGUCCUGCUUCAGCGAGCCCAGACGCUUCGUCAUCAACAACGAUACCUGCGCCGGCAUCCAGACGAGUGCGGACAUGGCGAAGAAGAUCGGUAACGCCACCGAGCUCGUCGACGCCUGCAAGACCAACGUGACCAUCCCCGGCCGCUGCCAGAGCUGCCUCAGCGCUGGUAUCAGGACGACUACCCGGCUCACGCAAAUCGACGGCAACUCAUCCCACAGCACAGAUUGUUUCUACUUCACUGCGACUUAUGCCGCCGGCGUCGUCAACGAUCUCGGCCCUGAUAACCCCGUCACGGCCGCAUGCAUCUUCGGCCUCCCCAUCGCCUCGUUGACCCCCACUGAAGGCGGCGGCGGCGGCAAGAAUCGGUCGGCUCUGGUUUUCGGGUUGAUCGGAGCGGCGGUGGCGAUCGUCGUGAUCUCCUGUUUGCUCGCCGGAGCGUACUUCUGGCGGGGGCGGCGGCGACCCAGAAGAGGGAACAGCGAAGUGGCGGCGAGCUCGAGGUCGCGGCCGAACACGGGCUCGAUCUGGUACGACAUGGAGGAGCUGGAGAAGGCCACGGGGUACUUCUCGCAGAGGAACAUGAUCGGGAGGGGCGGCUUUGGGGUCGUCUACCGGGGGACCCUCUCCGACGGGAGCGCCGUGGCGGUGAAGAGGAUCAUCGAGUCGGACAUCCAGGGGGACGAGGAGUUCCGCAACGAGGUGGAUAUCAUCAGCAACCUGCGGCAUAAGAACCUCGUGCCGCUCAGAGGCUGCUGCAUCAGCAGCGACAGCGACGACGAGGAAGCCGGCGAGGGGAAGCAGAGGUACCUGGUCUACGAGUUCAUGCCCAACGGCAGCCUCGACGACCACAUCUUCGGCGGCUCCAGGGAGAGCCCCCGCAGCAGGAAGCCGCUGACUUGGCCGCAGAGGAAGAACAUAAUCAUCGACGUGGCCAAGGGGCUCGCCUACCUCCACUACGGCAUUAAACCGGCCAUCUACCACCGGGACAUCAAGGCCACCAACAUACUGCUCGACAGCGAGAUGAGGGCCAAGGUCGCGGACUUCGGGCUGGCCAAGCAGAUCAGGGGCGGCGAAUCCCACCUCACCACCAGAGUCGCCGGCACGCACGGGUACCUCGCGCCGGAGUACGCCCUCUACGGGCAGCUCACCGAGAAGAGCGACGUCUACAGCUUCGGGGUGGUGCUGCUGGAGGUGAUGAGCGGGCGGAAGGCGCUGGACAUGUCGUCCACCUCCGGCUCGGUCCUCAUAACCGACUGGGCGUGGACGCUGGUGAAGGCCGGGAAAGGGGAGGAGGUGCUGGAGCCGUCGCUGCUGAAGAGCGAAGAGGGGCGGCCAAACCCGCGGGAGAUCAUGGAGAGGUUCGUCCUUGUGGGGAUCCUCUGCGCGCACGUCAUGGUCGCCCUCCGCCCCACCAUUCGCGACGCCCUGAGCAUGCUGGAGGGGGACGUGGACGUCCCCCAUAUACCAGACCGCCCUCUCCCCAUCGGCUACGGCUACCAUCUCUCCUCCGACGCCAGCAUCGACGCCUACUCCCCCGCCUCCAAUGGCCCUUCGCUGGACGCCGGCGACAUGCUCCGCUGA